AUGGUCUGCUUUCUCAAGUACACUGGCGCUGCAUUGGCCGUGAUCUCGACGGCGAUUGCCUCUCCCACCUCCGCCACGGUUGAUGCACGCAAGGCGCCGCUGAUCCCCAACGGCAAGAAAGCCGGUUCGGCAGGUGGCCGCGCCAUGCGCCACUGGAAGGACCAUAUCGGCUGGUGGUACGACUGGACGCCCAAGCCCUCCGGCCACGACGAAGUCAUGGGCGUGUCCAUGCUCCGGGGGCGACGGCACCAGAGAAAGACCGACGCCGACCGCCUGCGCGCGUUCCAGAUUCUACACGAGACGCCGCUGUACCUUCUCGGUCUCAACGAGCCCGACUGCCCCGGCAAGGACUCGGCCGACCUGCGCGUCGCCCAGGGUGGCCGCGCCGGCAGCCUACUCGGCAGCCCCUCCAUGUGCAAGCAAAAGGACGAGGGCUGGCUCGCCAAGUUCCGCACGCAGUCACUCGACGCCGACUGGGACUUGACCGCCAUCCACUCGUACAAAGACAGCAUUGGGCGCCCUGCCAGGAGCAGCGGAAGAUCAACAACUUCAUCAACGACAUCCGUCGACCUGUUUGAGAAGAACGAGCACGUCAUGGCGUACGCGUACACGGGCGGCGGCGGCCUCGCGCCGAACUGGCUGCCGACCAACGGCGACGGCUCGCAGCUGUCCGAGUCGGGCGGCACGUACCUCAAUGCCAUCACAAAGUACAACUGA